AGUCCCCAACGACGAACCACCAGAAGCAGUCGAUUCAUCACAGCAUUGGCCGCCCAAAAUGGCGAUUACACCGACACAAUUCGCGCAGAAGACGCGCCAGUCUGCCAAUUGGCCCGAGGCCAAGCGACGAGUGCUUCACUCCUACCGACAAUGGAUCCGCGCGGCUCCCGAGGUUCAGACCAUGUACAAUCUGCCCAUGCCAGUGUCGGUUAUCCGCACCCGGAUGCGUGAGGAGUUUGAGCGCCACCGCUUUGCCAACAAGCUCUCCGUCGUGGAUGUGCUGCUGUUCAAGAGCCAUGCUGAUUACCAGGAGACGAUGAACUUUUGGCGCCAGACCAACCACAUCAUGUCUUACUUCAAGAACGAGAACUUCAGGGGAGACGACAGGCUACCCAAGAGCUUCAUGUCCGGAUUCCUCGAGGGCCGCAACUAGCGAGAGGCAGGAUGCGAGGUGGAGCGAAAGACAGAGGGAGCAGGCGAGGAGCCAGUGCAUUGUACAUAGUGCCAAUAGAAGAAAUUACCA